AUGCUUACUUACACAUUGAAGGGCUCAGCCCAAAUAACCAACGGGUUCAAUUUGGAACCAUUAGAUAACCCCGAAUAUCCUUUUGACUAUAAGUUCAUGGUAAAGUGCACCAGAUGCAGGGCACACCGAGACAAACCCAUACAAGUGACCCGUUACGAGUACUUCCCCGUGACCCAAUUUGUGAACGCCAACCUCGUGAUGAAGUGCAAGGACUGCAAGAGUGAACGGUACAUUAACGUGGAGCGUUUGGAGGGAAAAUUGGAGAGUGAAUCCACCCCCAUAGUGAGAAUAGUUACUCAUGGCCUUGAAAUCUUAUCGUUCAUAGCAGACGACCAAUUCCAGUGCCAGAAUGCUGAAAACGAGACUGUGCAAGAAAUUGACUUGUCGGAGGGAGGCUGGACCGAUGGCGAGAUUGCCAUUCGGAACGUGAGGUGGGACGUGGUUUUGGAAAGGGGUCAGGCUGCAUUGGCUCUCUAA